AUGCGCCUCUCAAGUCUGGCACUGGCAGCAGGCCUGUCUCUGCUGCGUGUUGCCGCCCACGAUGGCUCUCAGCAGAAGCCGCUUGGAGAUGAAAAAAAGGGGUCGCAGCCAAACAUUGUCUUCAUCCUGACCGACGACCAGGACCUACACAUGAACUCGCUCGACUACAUGCCGCUGGUCAAGAAACACCUCAUCGACCGCGGCACCCAGUACAGGCGGCACUUUUGCACCACGGCCCUCUGCUGCCCGUCGCGGGUGUCGCUGUGGACGGGCAAGCAGGCCCACAACACCAACGUCACAGACGUGAACCCGCCCUAUGGCGGCUACCCCAAGUUCAUCCGCCAGGGGUUCAACAACGCCUACCUGCCCGUGUGGCUGCAGCAGGCAGGGUACAACACGUACUACACGGGCAAGCUCUUCAACGCGCACACGGUCGAGAACUACGACGCGCCGCACGCCGCCGGCUGGAACGGCUCCGACUUCCUGCUGGACCCUUACACGUACAUGUACCUCAACGCCAGCUACCAGCGCGACCGCGACGCGCCCGUCAACUACAAGGGCCAGCACACGGUCGACGUGCUGGCCGACAAGGCCUACGGCUUUCUUGAUGCCGCCGCCGCCGACGGCCGGCCCUUCUUCCUGGGCAUCGCGCCUGUCGCGCCGCACAGCAACGUGCAGACGCUGCUGUUCGACGACAUUGGCGACAUUGAGCAGGCGGCCGUCUUCUCGCCGCCCAUCCCGGCCAAGCGGCACGAGCACCUAUUCGGCGACGCGCGCGUGCCGCGCACGCCGCACUUCAACCCGGAGCAGCCGUCGGGAGCCAACUGGGUGCGGCGGCUGCCGCGGCAAGGGCCCGACAACGUGGCGUUCAACGAUCACUUCUACCGGCAGCGGCUGCGGGCGCUGCAGGGGGUUGACGAGCUGGUCGACGGGGUGUUCGCGCGGCUGGGCCGGCUGGGCCUGCUCGACAGCACCUACGUCUUCUACACGACCGACAACGGCUACCACAUCGGCCAGCACCGGCUGCAGCCCGGCAAGGAGUGCGGCUUCGAGGAGGACAUCAACAUCCCGCUCGUGGUCCGCGGGCCGGGCGUCCCAGAGGGCCGCGCCGUCACCAACCUCGUCACCACCCACAUCGACCUCGCGCCCACCAUCCUAGACCUCGCCGGCGCGCCCAUCCGCGCCGACUUUGACGGCGAGGCCAUCCCGCUGCGCGCGCGCGACCUUGAAGCUGCCGUGGGCUCGCGCCACGAGCACGUCACGGUCGAGUACUGGGGCUUCGCUAUCGGCGAGGGCAAGCUGUUCGGCGACGAAAAGUCGCGCCUCGUGCUCAACAACACGUACAAGGCGCUGCGCAUUAUUAGCAAAACGUACAACUUCUACUAUUCGGUGUGGUGCAACAACGAGCACGAGCUGUACGACCUAACGACGGACCCGUACCAGCAGCACAACCUGCUUCACCCCUCCGCGCUCUCAGAAAGCAACACAGAGCCACUGCUACUCGACGGAGUGCCGCUGGGCAAGGUGGUCGCGCGGCUGGACGCGCUGCUGCUGGUGCUCAAGUCGUGCCGGGCGCAGACGUGCGUGCGGCCGUGGCAUGCGCUGCACCCGACGGGCAACGUGGCGAGCCUGCACGACGCGCUGCACGCGCGCUUUGACACCUUCUACGAGCAUGAAUUACCUCGUGUUAGCUAUGGUCGCUGCGAGCUUGGGUAUCUGCUUGAUGCCGAGGGCCCGCAGUGGGACGUUGACGGGCUUGUCUAUCGCCAUGGCGCGCGGUGGGAUGAGUGGGUGUGA